AUGGUGCGAAUGCUCGUUCCAUUCCUCUUUAUUCCACGGUUGCAAUGUUAUCGUAAUCAUACGUCUGAUGUAUUACGCUGUUGGUCGGCAUGGUCACCGUGUACAGUAACAUGUGUUCCACAUACAAGUGAAGCAAUUGAAGCGGAUUUUGCGCGAAGAUGGAGGGUAUGGUUGCCGAAAAAGUGUCCUAAUGUACCACCUCCAGAUCAACUAACACAAUUCAGAAGGUGCAGCACAAGUGUGCCCCCUUGUCUGGAAUUGGAAAGUAUACUGCGACCAUCACCACGAACCGUUUAUCGCUUAGUAGCUUUAUUGAUGUUGGUGCUUCUCUCUGUGAUACCAUCGUUGUAUAUAUGUUGCAGGUAUUCUUCCGCUGCUCCAGUAGCUCGAUUGGAACAAAAUGAAAAGACCUUACCAUUAUCAAAUAUCCUGGAUACGCUACGAAAUGAAAAUGUUACCAAAAAAUCGCUUACUCUAAGGAAUUCCAGUUUGAAAUAA